AUGAAAUCUUUGGACCGAGUGUCAAGAGACUUUGUGUGGGGAUCCAUAGUCGAGAAGAGGAAGCAACAUCUUAUUGGGUGGGAGAAGCUUUGUCGCCCAAAGACAGAAGGAGGUUUAGGCAUCCACAAGUCAAGCCUCAUGAAUAAAGUGUUUUGCGAAAUUAUUAAAGGAUCAUGGUCAUCUACAUGGAGAAGUGUGACUUUGGCUAUCAAGGAUGUGAUUUUACCAGGGCAUGGUUGGGUUAUAGGAGAUGGCAAAAGAAUCAACUUCUGGACUGAUAAGUGGCUGAUGGGUACUUCUUUGUGUGACUUGACUGUCUCCGAGAUUCCACUAGAGGUUUUAUCUAUGAAGGCUGGAGACUUAUGGACGCAUGGGUUAGGAUGGGACUUUCAGAGAAUCACACCAUAUGUAUCGGUGGAGACGAAGCUGGAAAUGGCAGCAGUAGUGGUGAACUCAGACUCAGGGAGACCGGAUACGAUCUCUUGGGGAGAGGCGGCUGAUGGCAAGUUUACGGUGGCCUCAGCAUACCGUUUCUUAACGGAGAGGGAGACGUUCAAACGUGACAUGAGCAACUUCUUCAAGUGUGUGUGGAGAGUACGAGUGCUGGAGAGAGUACAAGUUUUCUUUUGGUUGGUCGGCAAUCAUGGGAUCAUGACAAACCAAGAAUGA